AUGUUUGUGUAUGGGUGGGAGGAAGGUGGUGAGGCGUGGAAGUGGCAAAGGAGGUUGUGGGAUUGUGAGGAGGAAACGGUAGGGGAGUGUAGGAGAUUGCUUGCUAAUGUGAUUUUGCAAGAUCACAGUUUAGAUCAGUGGCAGUUGGAUCCUAUGGGUGGCUACUCUGUUCGUGGCGCUUAUCAGUUACUUACUUCCAAUGAGAAUCCUAAUGUAGGGGCAGCGUCAGACUUGAUUUGGCACAAACAGGUUCCUACAAAAGUAUCGAUUUUCGCUUGGAGACUUAUGCGUAACAGGUUAUCGACCAAGGACAAUCUGGCGGCGCGUGAAGUUAUUCCCCACGACAUGCAUUUAUGUGCUAAUGGUUGUGUUGAUGUUGAAUUAGUUAGUCUUUUGUUCCUCUCUUGUAUACAUCCCCUCCGAAUCAUUGUAGGAAAACAGAAUUUUGACGGAUUUCGUUCAAUACGCUCUCAAGAUUCUCAAGAUAUCGUGCCUUCUAUCGAAUGGAUUGAGACUCUGGAGACGGAUAACAAAGAGGAAAAAUCUUUUCAUCAGGUUUUGGUGACAAAGGAGAUAAAGAAGCAAAUUAAUGCAGUGAAAUUGAUGUUGGGCUCGAUGGAAGAUGGAGAGAUAACCAUAUCAGCUUAUGACACAGCUUGGGUUGCUCUCAUAAAAAAUGUUGAUGAUGAGAAUACACCACAGUUUCCAUCUUCUCUUGAAUGGAUUGUCAAUAAUCAGCUUCCUGAUGGUUCAUGGGGAGAUGAAUUAUUUGUAGCUCAUGACAGGAUUAUCAACACUUUGGCUUGUGUUAUAGCAUUGAGAUCAUGGAAUAUGCACCCUCUGAUGUGUCAAAAGGGUAUGAAAUUUUUUGUGGAAAAUCUUCACAAGCUUCAGGAUGAGAAUGCUGAGCACAUGCCGAUUGGAUUUGAAGUUGCGUUUCCUUCACUACUCAAUAUAGCUCGAAGUUUGAAUAUUGAAGUUCCCGAUGAUUCUCCUAUCUUGGAAGAAAUAUUUGAAAUGAGAGACGAAAAGCUCAAAAGGAUACCAAGAGAUGUGCUGCACAUGGUGCCCACAACAUUGCUACACAGUUUAGAGGGAAUGCAGAAUUUGAAUUGGUAUCAAAUUUUGAAGUUGCAGUCCCAAGAUGGGUCAUUCUUGUUCUCGCCGUCUUCCACAGCUUUUGCUCAUAUGCAAACCAAGGAUGAAUAUGCUCUCUACUACUUGGACAAUGUUGUCAACAAGUUCAAUGGAGGAGUUCCAAAUGUCUUUCCUGUGGACUUAUUUGAACACAUGUGGGUUGUGGAUCGGCUAGAACGCCUUGGAAUUUCGAGAUAUUUUCAACAAGAGAUCAAGGAGUGUGUGGAUUAUGUGUCAAGAUAUUGGACUAAGAAAGGUAUUUGCUGGGCGAGAAAUUCAGAGGUUCAAGAUAUAGACGACACAGCAAUGGGAUUUAGAAUCCUAAGGUUGCAUGGCCACCAAGUUUCACCUGAUGUGUUCAAGCAAUUUGAGAAAAGUGGUGAAUUCUUCUGCUUUGCCGGACAGCUAAAUCAAGCUGUUACUGGUAUGUUCAAUCUAUAUAGAGCUUCUCAAGUGCUAUUUCAAGAAGAGAAGAUUCUCGAGGAUGCCAAGAAUUUUUCAGCCAAAUAUUUAAUGAAGAAACGUGCCGCUAAUGAGCUCUUAGAUAAAUGGAUCAUAACCAAAGAUUUACCUGGCGAGGUGGGUUAUGCUUUGGAUGUGCCAUGGUAUGCUAGCUUACCCCGAUUAGAGACAAGGUUUUACCUUGAACAUUAUGGUGGUGAAAAUGAUGUUUGGAUUGGCAAGACCCUUUAUAGGAUGCCGUAUGUGAACAAUGAUGUUUAUCUUGAGCUUGCAAGGUUGGAUUACAACAAUUGUCAAGCAAUGCAUUAUGAUGAAUGGAAAGAAAUACACAGGUGGUACAUGGAAUCAGAACAAGAAGGGUUUGGAUUAAGCAAAAAGAGUCUCCUGAUUGCUUAUUAUGUAGCAGCGGCCAACAUAUUUGAGCCUGAGAGGUCUCUAGAGAGACUUGCAUGGGCUAAAACAACAGCUUUGUUGCAGAUACUGGAGUCGAAUUUCGAAGAUGAAGAAACUAGGACUGCUUUUGUAGACCAGUUCAAUAAAUGCAUUAAUGAAGAAAACUACUCAAAGAAGGUGAUAGACAAGAACAAGAGAGAGGAGAAACUCAUGGGGAUUUUGCUGACAACCCUUGAUGACCUUGACCUCCAAAUGUUUAGGAAUCAGAACCAGGAAAAUUCUCAUUAUUUGAAACAAAUGUGGCAAAGGUGGUUUUCAAGCUGGGUCAAUGAAGGAAACAAAUCCAAAAGAGAAGCUAAAUUACUUGUGCAAAUCAUAAAUUUAACCGCUGGAUAUUGGUCAAAAGAAGUACAGCUCAAUCCUGAGUACCAGAAACUACUUGAAGUCACAAACGGAAUCUGCACUGGCCUCCGUAAUUACCAAAGCAACAAGGCACAAGCUAGUAUCAAUACAUCCGAGAUAGAGUCACAAAUGCAAGAGCUUGUGCAAUUGGUGCUUCAAAAUUCUCCAGAUGGCUUGCAUUCCAAUAUCAAGAAUUCAUUCCUUGCGGUGGCCAAGAGUUUUUACUAUGAAGCAUAUUGUGACCCAGAGACCAUUUACUCUCAUAUCGAUAAAGUUCUCUUUCAAAAAGUAAUCUGAAACAACUAGUAGCAACUAGUAAUGUUUCAAAACAGGUGUCAUGGUUCAUUAUUUUACCAUGUUAUUUUUUUUCUAGUCUUGUUUGGAUUUAAACUUUAAAUAACCAAGAUUGGAUAUCCAAUGUUUGAUGUCAAAUGAACAAUCAUGUUGUUUCUGUAUUAGAGAAUGCAAUAAAACCAGAGGGAAACAAAAUGUAUUCUUAAAUUA